AUGUCCUACUCUUAUCUAGCCAAUUCCACCUAUGGAAAGGACAACGUCAAGUUCUUGAAGGUCAAAAAAGACAAGCAGAACAAAAAAUUCCAUGAGGUGAUGGAGGCCACUGUGUGUGUGUUGCUAAAAGGUGACUUCGACGUUUCGUACACCGAGGCUGACAAUGCGCCAAUUGUUCCUACUGACACGGUGAAAAAUACCAUUUUGAUACUGGCGAAGAAAUUCGAUACUUUUCCUCUCGAAAAGUUUGCUGCCAGACUGGCUUUGCACUUCACAUCCAAAUAUGAGCAUGUUUCUGGAUUGACUAUCAAGAUCACACAGGAUCGUUGGGCCAAAUACGACGUUGACGGUAAAACCUCUCAGCACUCUUUUGUACAUCAGGGCCCCGAGAAAAAGAUCGUGUUUUUGGAUUAUGACAAGAAGAACGGCCCUAGCAACUACGCUUUGUCUACCUCCAUCAAGGACCUCACUGUCCUGAAGUCCACAAAUUCGAUGUUUUACGGAUACAACGUGUGUGACUACACGACACUGAAACCAACAAAUGAUCGCGUCUUAUCAACAGACAUCUUUGCGACGUUAGACUGGUGUCCAAAAAAACUUGGCUGCUUGAAUAGCGUUGUGUCGGGCGCGAAGGACUCUAUUUUCAAUAACGCUUAUGUCAACGCACGCGAUAUCACUCUUGAUAUUUUUGCUAAGGAAAACUCACCAUCUGUGCAGGCCACGAUGUUCAACAUGGCAACUGCCAUUUUAAAAGAUGUUCCUCAAUGUGCCUACGUUUCUUACGAAUUGCCCAACAAACACUACUUUUUGUUUGAUUUGAAAUGGUUCGAAGGACUUGAAAACGACAACGAACUCUUCUACCCUUCACCACAUCCUAACGGUUUGAUCAAAUGUAAGGUUGGCCGCAAUCAAGCCAAACUAUAA